CAUCCACUUCACGAGUGAACGCGUCUGAGCGCAGUCGAUCUCUGUGGCACAUCUCUAGACUUCAGCUGCUCGUCACAUGUGCAAGAUGAGGAGAUUCUUACUUGGAAUACUUGUACUUUUGAAAUAUUGCAUUUGUGGUGAUGUGAUAAACUUUGAUGAAAACAUUAAGGACUUUGUUGUUGGUAACAGUAAGUUGUUUGUUCUUACUGACCAUCGACUUCAUCAGAUGAGACACGAUCUAUAUGAGGAGAAGAGGAAAGACAUCACUAACGCCACCAACCAUAACAAAGUCAACAUUUUGGUGCCUUAUGACGCAAACGGCACACUGAUAACGUGUGGGACUUUUGAAGAUGGAUAUUGUGAAGUUCUUGAUAUAAAUGAUAUUACAAACAGUAUUUACUAUGAAAGUAAUAUAUGGGUAGGACCAAAACAGAAUGAGAAAUCUGUUGCCUUUAUAGCUGGUACAAGUAGCAGUAGGUACCUUGUAGUUGGGAAAAAGGAUGACGAUGCAAAAGCUCGAGAUUCUGUUGUUGUCUUAUGGAACACAUUAGAGUCUCAGUCAGGUGGGAUUUUCUCAAAAGUAGCAGAAAGAACAGAGGUCAGCAUUGAGAGCACAGUGAAAGAUGUGGAGUUUGUUGAUGGAUUCCAGAGAGUUUCACCCUCAGAAUCUUAUUUAUUUCUCAACACAAAGACUGAUGAUGAGAGAAAAGUGCUCGUCCUGAGGAUGGACAACUCUAAAGGGAAAAAGUCAGAAAUCAUCAAAUCCCUGCAGGCUGCAAGGAUACGAUGCUGCAGUGAUAAAGUUCGUCCAGUGCUCGUCACCAGCACCGUUAUUCCCUCAGUGAACGGUGUUAUUUGGGCAGGUGUGUUCAGGCCACAGAAUCAGGAUCCGGAGAACAGCGCGCUGGCUCUGUACGACAUCAGUAACGUUCGAGGCCAAGUCAAGGGUUUCUGCGCUUACGAUGAAAAGCAAUGUGGUUCUGAGAGUGGUAGUGAACUUCAGCCGCUCUCUGUAGUGUUCAGGUACAGCUCAAUGUCAGCAGUGGCAGCAACGAGGAUUGAAUCCUGGAUUGUGCUUUUCAUAGGAACCAGUGAUGGACAACUCAUAAAGCUAGUGUUGGAUGAGAAAUAUACACCAGGCUGUCCAAUAAUGCUGUACAAAUCUGAUGAUGAACAAGCAGUGUUUGCCAGAAUGCACUUAGAUCCAGUAGAUUUCAAACAUAUCUACAUCACUCUUAGCAAACAGUUAAGAAGAGUGCCCAUUGUUCGGUGUGCUAAAUACAGCACUCUGAAAGACUGCAGAGCUGCUCGAGAUCCUGUCUGUGGCUGGUGUGUGAACACUCACAGAUGUUCUCCUCAAGAUGAAUGCUUGGAUACUUCAUGGGUUUCCAUCCCAAAGAACUCUCUUGAGACACAGCUGUUUUCUUUUCAGAUGACAGAGAAUUCUUCUGUGAUGAUCACUCUACAUCUUUUCUUGAGUCUAGAGAGCACAGGAAAUCCUGCCUUCUCAUGUGCCUUCACUAAAGAAAGUGUAAACCUGUGUGCUGGCUCUGAUCUGUCUGCAGUCUUCCCAAACUGCUCCUGUAGUUUUUCUGACCAGAUGCUCUAUACUGGAGGUUUAAAAGUCUCUGCUACUGUUACUGUUGAGGAUCAGAGGAUCACAGAGAUGCUGACACUGAGGAACUGCUCCAGUAUCACAGAUCAUUCAACAAAUGCUUCUUAUACACAGUGUGUUCAGUGUGUCUCAUCUGGGUGUCACUGGUCCUCUUCCUCUCAGCGUUGUGAUUGGAAACUUGGACCUGGACCACAGUUAAACAUAAAGGAUGCAUGUAAACAUCUGCUCUCUGAGAUGGACUACAAAAAGCCGGAGAUUCUCUCUCUGGAGCCGAACAAGGUUUCUUUCCAUGGCAGAAACAAAGUUUCACUAAAAGGAAGGAACCUGGAAUCUGUGACUAAAAUCCGUAUUAAAGGAGAUCUGGACUGCAUUCCUAAAGAAUCUCCAGUGUUUGAUCGCUCCAAUGACACUUUAAGGUUCCACAUUCCUCCCAGUGGAACUAAAGGAACAGUCAAAUUGUGUGUUGUUACUCCUGACGACCGUUGUCAUGGAAACAGCGCCAUCACUUACAGUUCUCAGCCCAGCUGCACUGGGAUACAUCCCAAAGUCAGCUGGAGGAGCGGUGAAAGGAAGAUUCAUGUUCAGGGCAGCAAUCUGGAAGGAGUGGAGUCAGUUACUGUCCUUCCCUCUAAUAAAGUGGGGGAAACACAAAUCAACACAAGCUCAGGGGGUAUGUGGUUUCACUCACCCCCCCGCGAUGGUGGUCAGUUUAGAUUGCUGUUAAAUGUUGGGAACUCUACUGUGGACUGUGUGCGUUAUUUCUCCUACAAGCCUGAUCCAGAAUUCACUGGAUUCACCGUUUUACAGGUGGCCAACAAUCUACAGGUGAACAUUCAGAAAAAGAAGGAUGAUCUGAAUUUGAGUAUCAGUGAGUUGAGUGUAACCGGUGUACAUAAAGAUCAGCUGUAUCAGUGUCUUUUGGACAGGAUUGAGUCCAAUGCUGUUAUCUGUACAAUCAGAGGAGAACCAGUAGCCGUCACUGCAUUAGACUCCCUCACUAUAAAAAUUGGGGGGAUUUAUAAAGACCUCGAAAUAUCCUCUCAAAAUAAUUCACUAUAUUUUCUCAUCCUUGCUGCAUUGAUUCUGCUCAUAAUUCUGGGUGCUGCUGUUGGAUUCAUUAUUCACCGUAAGAGCCAGAGACAAAUGAAUGAGAGAAUGAACAAGCAACUGGAAAUGCUGGAAAGCAACAUCAGAAGGGACAUACGACAAGGCUUUGUUGACUUGCAAACAGAAAAAUCUGAUUUAAUUGAUAAUGUUGGAGCUAUACCCUUCCUGGAUUACAAGCACUUUGCCUCAAAAAUCUUCUUUCCUGAGGCUGGUCCUCUGGCAGCACUCGUGAUCAGAGACAUUGGCCAGGACUCUGAGCAGACAACAAUAGAUGAGAAAUGUCAGGCCUUUGCUGUGCUGAUCAGAGAUAAGCAGUUUCUCAGUUGUUUCGUGCAUGCAUUAGAGGAACAGAAAAACUUCAGCAUAAGAGACAAAUGUACAGUGGCAUCUCUGUUGACUCUGGCCCUUCAUGGAGACCUGCUUUAUCUCACAGAGGUCAUGGAGGAUCUUCUGCAGACUCUGAUGGACCAGUCCAGCAAUGCAAAUCCCAAACUUCUCCUGCGCCGCACAGAGUCCAUAGUGGAGAAGCUUCUUACCAACUGGAUGUCCGUCUGUCUGUACGGCUUCCUCAGGGAAUCUGUAGGACAGCCUCUCUUCCUGUUGGUGUCAGCUUUGACUCAGCAAAUCUCCAAAGGGCCGGUGGAUUCAGUGACAGAGAAGGCUCUGUACACUCUUAGCGAAGACUGGCUUCUCUGCCAAGCGCAAGACUUUGAGGCCUUGAAACUGAAUGUGGUGUUUGCCGUGGGGACUGAAGGAGAGGUCAGUGAAUCCUUAGAGGUCAACGCACUGACCUGUGACACAAUACAACAGGUCAAAGAGAAAAUCUUGCAGACCUUCCAGCGCAAGUUUGGUUUCCCCUUCCAGCAGAGCAGGGAUAUAGAAAUUGAAUAUGAAAAGGAAGGAAGGUUUGUCAUGCUACAGGAAGUCGAUGAGUCCUCAGAGAUUCGGGGGCAUGUUACUAUGUUGAACACUCUGAAACAUUAUCAGGUUGGAGAUGGAUCAUGCAUUAAAGUUAUCACAACAAAAGUGCAUGCACCACUGAGGUCUCAGAGCAGUGUAAAGGAUGAUAAGAACUUCGCUGUCAAGUACUUCCAUCUGGUCGAUCCAGAUAUCGACAAUGACCUGAGCAAACAUCCAGAGAAAAAAGCUCUAAAGUUCAAAGAGAUGUACCUUACCAAGCUGCUCUCCACUAAGGUAGCAGUCCAUUCUUUUGUGGAGAAUCUGUUCAGGAGUAUCUGGGGAUUGCCUAACAACAGGGCCCCAAUGGCCAUCAAGUACUUUUUUGACUUCCUGGAUGUACAAGCAGAGAGAAAGAAAAUCUCAGAUCCAGAUGUUCUCCACAUCUGGAAAACAAACAGCCUUCCACUUCGUUUCUGGGUGAACAUCCUGAAGAACCCUGACUUUGUGUUUAGCGACUUGGAAAAGACGCCACACCUGGACGGCUGUCUGUCCGUCAUCGCUCAGGCCUUCAUGGACUCCUUCUCCCUAGUCGAGCAACACCUGGACAAGCAUUCACCAACCAAUAAACUACUCUAUGGCAAAGACAUCCCUCGGUACAAACAGGAAGUGAAGUCGUACUACAAGUUAGUGAGGGACCAGCCUUCUGUUAGCAGCCAAGAGUUGAAAGUAUUUCUUCAAGGGGAGUCAAAGAAACAUCGAAAUGAGUUCAAUGAAUCUGUGGCUCUGCGAGAACUCUGCAAAUACAUGCUCCGGUACUUCAGCAAGGUUUCCCAGAAGCUGGAACAGACAGGCGCCCCUGAUAAAUUGAAAGAGGACAUGCAACACGUGAAGGCGCUAUUUGAAAACAUGAAGCGAGGAGGUUGGAGUUGAAAUCCCUGGUUUUGUUAUUCAUAUGCGUAUUUACACUGCAUUUUGUUUAUUUUAAGCUGGAGAGUAAACUGGAUGCACCUCCAUCAUAAAGACUGACAGCAUAAUCGUACAUAUAUUAGAAAAGACAGAUUCACU